AUGCCACCUUCCCCCUCGCCCUUCUACAUCAGCCUCAAAAAUGGUGAUGCGGUGAAAGUUAAUGACCACGUUUAUUGCUCUCCCAGCUGGUCAAUUCGAGAUGGCACUCCGUAUUCCGUGGCUCGUAUCAUGGAAUUCCUGCCCGCACAGGGAAUUCCAACUCUCGACAAGGACGGAAACCCCAGUCAACCUUUUACCCGUGUUCGUCUAGCAUGGUAUUAUCGUCCCAGCGACGUGAGCGAUCGCGCGAGCGCGGACUGCCGCCUCCUGCUCGCCGCAAUAUUCUCCGAGGUCUGCGAUCUCAGCCAAAUUCGUGGCAAAUGCUACGUCCUACACCGAGAUAAAAUCUCGGAUUUGGCUGGUUGGAAGAAACGCCCCGACAGAUUUUACUUCACCCGUCUAUUCGACCCGUGGAUCCGGAAAGAAUUCGAAGUGAUACCAUCGACUAUCGUACGGAACUUACCAGAACAUAUUCGAAAGGUUUUGGUUGAACGAUAUGAAUACGUAGUGGCGGAAAAGGAAGUUGUACCCGACCUCACUGACACGCUCAGGACCUGUGAGACGUGCACAAAGUGGUGCGCGCCAGCCGAGACCGUGCAAUGCGACAGGUGUAAGAAGUUUUUCCAUAUGAGCUGUGUCAAUCCUCCUCUCCUUGCCAAGCCGAGUCGAGGCUACGGCUGGACUUGCGCGCCGUGUUCUCGCAAACACGAGGAAGAGGUGGACAGCCACGAAGGAUACCGCCAAAUAGUGGCAAUAGCGCCGAGAAACAACAACAAGAGUAAUGCGCCACCCGCAAGAGGCCGAGGUCGGCCGCGGAAGGACCGCAUGCAGGCGGAGAAGGAGGAGAACAUGGAAAUCAAGCACUUCAAGAUGUGGCCUUUUCGAUAUUUUGGGCAGUACACAGUCGCGGAAGACACGCUUGACCCCGACGACCUCAUCUUCCCACGCGCUACGACACGGGUGGGUCCGAAAUACCAGGCAAAUGUUCCUCUUGCGCCAGGCGUUGAGAAUAUCCCAAUCCCAGGCAUCGAGGAAAGGGGUGGUGAUGCAACCAUCGAAGUGCUCUGCCUCGUCCAAGACAUGAGUUCGGAGGAAGUUUCCACACUGGAAAAGCACAGGGGCACUCUUACCAAGGACGACACGCUGAAAUGCAGCGUGGAUUGGCUAACCGAAGUGAUGUUCCGCUUCACGGACGCAUGGCUCGCUCACCGAGAUCUCACCACCGUCUCCAUGAAGAACCCAAUGCGGGUGCAAAAGUGGAAGACAGCGGAAACAAGGUACAUCGAUAAGGAGUGGACGAACGUCGAAAUAGCCGCCUUCGAGGAUGCCAUCGCAACCCACGGGGCUGAACUGCGUCCAGUUAGGGACGAGGUCGGUACGAGGACCAUGCCCGAAACAGUCCGCUUUUAUGGCCAUUGGAAGAACUCGAAGCUUGGCGAGGAGAACGCGAGGAUUAGGGCCGCCCGCCUCAGUGGAAAGCCGCAAGCAUCCUCCCGUGCUGCGUCUCCAGACGACGAAGGCUCUGUCGUCAAGCAAUUGACUAAAGGCAAUACGUACUGCGGUUGCUGUCGUACCCGAGAAUCAGAGUGGUGGUGGAAAGCACCGAAGGGCCUGCCGACCAACGUUCUCUGCGAUAACUGCGGCAUGAGCUGGCGCAAAUACGCCGAUCUGAACGUGAGGCCGUUUCGCGAAGAGACGAUCUCGAAGUCGAAGAACGACAAGCGGGAAGGGACGCCUCUCAAUGGUCACACCGCUAAACGUGCUAAGACUACUUCCUCGUCUCACUCGACGCCUCCGCCCGCUGGUCCGGCUCCUGUUCCGCAGCUGCGCUGUCUCGCAUGUCAGAAGAACGGACCAAUUGGCAAGGUACUGAAGUGCAAGCAGUGUCAAUUCCGUGUUCAUGCAGGAUCAUGCGGUGCUGUGUUGGAAUCUGCGGAAGAGGUGGAGUCGUGGGUGUGUGAGCUUUGUGCAAACGAGAAGACGUUGGAGGCCUCACUGAAUUCGGACUGUCUGCUCUGCCCACGAAGCAAGCGAGACUCGAAGAAGGCCCUGUAUCCACCUCCUGAUACAUACCUGCGAGCUUGCAAGCCGACUGAGGGGCAGGCCUGGGUUCAUAUCGUAUGCUCAGUGUUCAUCCCUGAGGUGACGUAUUCGGAUGCUACGCGAUUGCGCUUGGUAGAGGGUAUCAGCACAAUACCAUCGUGGAGGUGGUCAAAUAAAUGCACGAUCUGCAAUCAGAGCGGAGGGGCGGUGAUACGAUGCAGUGAAUGUCCAGCAGAGUACCACGUGUCUUGCGCGUGGAGGCAGGGACACAAGUUCGGCUUUGAGGUGCAGCCGGUGAAGCAUAGUAAGCGAGAGACCACCACGAUGGUGGAGUUUAAGGAUAGCGCUGGCUGCAUGGUGCCCGUCGUGAUCUGCAAAGGGCACAUGGGAUAUAAACGGGAGGUAUUCGACCUAUGUGAAACCAAUGAGCUUGGCGAGACCUCACUGCAGGUGUACUGCAAGAACUACAAGCAGGUCCCUACGGAACAGACACAUGGUCUGCUUCGCAAGGCUCGGCGGCUCGACAACAUCCUCAACGCCGGAGCAGACAGUCUAUCUACCAUAUCCGGCGACGGCGACUUGACAACUGCGGAACCUCAAUGUUAUCACUGUCAUAGCGAGUUCUCUCCAUUCUUCCACGCGAUGCCCUCGAAGGGCGGAUCUUCCUCAUCACAGGGACAGUCGGGCGGACGGACAUGGCUGUGCCACCAAUGUUUCGUCGAGACUAGGGAGAACCAUGUCGUUACUAACGGAAUGGUGUCCGCAUAA